UGUGACUUCGCGUGACGUCACUAUAUAUGUCUCGCGAUACUUCGAGGAGCUUCCUGACAUCUAAAAACAUGGCAGCCGAGCACGGACGGAAAUGGGACCGCUGUCUGGCUGAUACAGCCGUGAAAACAGUAACGGGUCUUGCCGUGGGCGUUGUGUUCUCCGUUGUUCUCUUCAAACGUCGCACGUGGCCGGUCUCACUUGGUUCAGGUUUGGGACUGGGAAUGGGAUACGCCAACUGCCAGCAUGACUUCCGGUCACCAUACCUGGUUCAUGGCAACAUGGUUAAGGGCCAGUAGUGGAGGACUAAAGACGAGCAGGAUUUGCCAUGAAGUUGUUCAUCUGUUUUCUUUUUUGUGUUGCUGCUCAUUUCUGUCCUGGCACUAACGUCCAAUAAUUCCCACAUUGUGGUUAUCAAUUGCAAGUCAAUGUAUAUUUAAUAAAACGAUUAUGGAAAACUA